AUGACUUUUGAGAACUCAGAUGAAGGUGGUGAAAGCACUCAAGAACUCCAGAAUUUGAUCAAAGAGUUGGGUUAUCACAAUGCAAUGGAUGUCGAAGAUGUUCUGACUCACCUAGAAGAAAAUGUAGUUGCACAGUUGUUGACUGAUGAAGAAAUGAUUGAAAGCGUUAUUGGAAUUAUUAAAGAUGAUAUCGAUGAAGAAGAUAAUGAAAGUUCUACAAUGGAGCCCCCUUCGCGAAACGAAGCUAUUAAAGCGGCAAUCACAUUGAACAAUUUCUUGUUGAGCUAUGAGAAAACAACACCAGAAAAAUUGUUUUUAGAAGACUAG